CUCAAGUGCACUCUGGGAACAUGUCACGCAUAAACACUUUUGAGGAUAUAUAAGUAGAUAUUAAGCAAAUAAUAUAAUCAAAAAUUUGUUUCUGUUAUAUUACAUUGACGGAGAUAACGUGACGAAACGUUCCACGAAUUCUACAGUCAACGUUUAAUGCGUUAAUAUAACAAUGGCGGAAGGAUCGGAAGUGUGUUAUUUCGAUUUACGGGUCGUACAUGAUCAUUUUGACAAGGCUCUUGUACAGGAUGAUGAUGUUGAUAUUAAAGCAUAUUUGGAUGCCUAUAAUGAAUUAUACAAGUUUUUCCAACUUAUGGGCAGUGUAUUCAGUUUUGUCUCUUCUGAUUUGAAGCAAAAGAUCGAUGUUCUUAGUGAAUUUUUAAAUAAAGAUGAUCAAAAUUAUAAAACCAUUAAGACCAUGAUCGAGUAUGAAACAAAAAAUAAACUUCUAUUUAGAGGAAAUUAUAUUAAUGGAGCACGUACUUUGCUACGUCUGCACAGGGGUUUAGAUUUUAUAAGAGAAUUCUUAUGGCAACUAAACGAGAUAAGCGACACUGAUAAAACAUCUAUGUGCUGCCAAGAUGCCUAUAAUAAAACCUUGGCGAAACAUCAUCCAUGGGUAGUACGUAAAGCUGCAAUAGUAGCAAUGUAUACUAUGCCUACUAGAGAAUUAUUAUUUCAAAAGGUUUGUGGUGCGGAUGUUCAACGAAAUGUAGAUAUUCUACCAAAAAUGCUUGAAGUUACUGUCGAAGUACUCAAUCGUACUUAUAAUUUAUUUGAUUUGUAUCAACUACACAACUUGCCAUAAAAAGGAAAGUAUUGUGAUUACAUGAAAGUCUAUAUAUCAGCUUUCACCAAUUUUAAUUGAAUUUGCAAAGUAUAAACAUGUAUAAAAGUUUAUGAAUGUAAUUGUGAAAUGUAAUCGAUAAUAAUUGUGCUGCUAUACAAGGUGUUUCAAUAGCUUUGUCACAAAUAAUUAUUAAGAUAACUAUUGGUGAUACGAGGAUAGUUUUUAUUUAAUUUUCAAAUUUUAUUUUAUAAUAUGGGUAUCUACAUAACAAAUUCCCAAAGAUGGCCUUCCAACUAAAAUUGAUUUUGAUAAUCAAUUAACAUCCAUCUAUUUAUCUAAAAUUAUUGAACAAAUAAGUUAACAUUAAUACUUAUUUAAGUCAUUGAAUCACCUUGUAUGUCAAAGAACAUUGUAUGUCACUAUAUACAAGCACGCUCGUUUUGUAAUAUUUAGUUAUAUAACAAUUUAUAAUUAUAUUUAUUGAAAACGUACAAAUGAAUGUUAGAACGCGAACGUCUUUCUCAACUAUAGCAUAUCAUACACAGAAAGAAUAGAACAUUCCUUUCACGCAUUUUGAUAACAGGGAACACUUGAAUUAAUUCUUCUUUAAGUAACUACGUUAUAUAUUUUAUUUAUAAAAUUAAUGAACGUUUAUAUAACAAUAAUCUUGAUGGAAAAAUGUAGAUGGUAAAUGAAUCAUA